CCCCCAUACAGCAGCGCAGACAAUCGUAAACUCGAGACUACAAAAUGUCUGGCAUUGAAGCAAUCGGCCGAACACUUAGCUUCAUCGUGCGGCUCCUCGUUUCAGAUCCCGGGCAGACCUUCCAGGUUGCUACGAAAGAGCGACUACGAAUUAACAAUUUCCACACGUCACCUACAUAUCUGUUCAAAGCUAAAUGGUGGGAUUUCCGGCAAUUAUGUCACGACCAUGGAAUACUUAUGGCGAUAAUCCUUACAUUGUACGCUCCUGGAGUUCGGAGGAUAAUGAAACAAGUAGAGGAAUACGUGUUGGUAGCUGAUGAUGUGGAGGUGGUAGACUUCAUGGCAUCAUACACAUCCAGCUUUGGCAUGAUCGCAGUCGCUGGAGCUAUCAUUGCUCAAGUCGCUAUUACCGCGCUAUCUCUCACACGAUUGGAAGACUCCCACUGGACUGUAGAAGCAUUCUAUGUGGUCUCACUCGUUACUGGUGCGCUGUCAGUAUACUUUGCCUGCGUUCUUAGUCCCGCGCUGCAUGGCCUUCACAAUGCCAACGACAUUCGCGACUUUCUUACCGUCCCAGCACCACGCUGGACUUCACAGCGAAUUAACACCCUCCUUACGAAAGUAGAAACUAGCGCGAACCACGCGAGCGACGAUGUAUCUGACCUGAGAACUGAAUUUUCGCAACAUCGAUGGAAGAUUGCGUCAGCAUACUCGGCCAUGAUAUUAAUUCAUCCAAUGGAUCUCCUGAAGAUUGCAUUAAGCACGUUUUUGAUCGGCCUGGGUAUAUAUCUAGGGAGAGUGUGGGCGAUUGGACUGGUACCAUCUUUCGGCCUCGGAUCUUUGUUUAUUUUCAUCACGUUUUUGAUUACCGUGGUUUGUGGGAUGGGGUUUUAUUAUAUUGCGCUGGAACUUAAGAAAUUAGAGUCUGAGCCUCUGGAUCGAAUUACUCGGCUGUUUCCAGAUAUUAGUCCGAAGAAGAGGCCGGAGAAGCGGGAGCAUGGAGAAGAACAGGACAGAUCGAUGAAUAUAAGCAGGAGGUCUCCGCAGAUGCAAAAUGCAGGAGAAGGCAUAGAAACCCAAGAUACGAGUCGAUUCGGGCGUGCAGCGAACCCGGCAAUUGAGGUUUCUGGUGGGAAUGCGCAGUCAACACCGCAGCGCAAAACAGGACCUUCAAAGACUACUCUUGCGCGUGCUGAUGGGUCUCUUGGAUGGUUGGAAGAAUUAACUUCCUUUGAUUACCCUAAUAUGAACGGGAAGAUGGGAAUAAGGACUGCAUUGUCGGACCUAAUUCUCGCUCAAGAGAGGACUGUGUGUGCGAGUCAACGGUUGCUUGAAGUUUUUGACGCAGGACACGAGUUGGACGAAGACUAAAGGCAUUGGGCUUGCACUACAUGAGAAUAUUAGCAGGCGAUAUUGACGAAGAAAGUCAUCCACAGCCUAGGAGGAUCACUGUGGCUUAU